AUGCGGCCGGCGCUCCGCCUGCUCCUCGCGGCCGCCUUUGUGAUACCCAUCAAUUCAGAUGAGGACGCCUGCGCCGUUAUACUGAAGGAGGAGGGCCUCGACGCGCGCGCGUGCGCCGCGCUCGCCACGCACGGCCUCCUGCCGCGGCGCGCCCUGGGAACAGCCACGCACGCCCCUCAUCCGCACGAGGAGCACCACGAGGAGCACCACGAGGCGCACACGUACGAGGCGGGCGUGUAUUUUGGCGCUUCGCUACUGAUCGGAGCCUUAUGUUUGUUCAUCAUCAGCCGCUUUUAUCAAGCGGUGCCCUACACGAUGGCCGUGUUUGUCAUUGGUUUAGUAUUAGCCUUGGUGGACCACGCGACGGAAGAAAGGUUAUUAGGGGUCUAUUCUAGAUCUAUGGGUCGAUGGCGCCGCAUGAACCCCGAACUGCUCUUAUGUGGUUUUCUACCUUUGUUAUUAUUUGGAGAUGCCAUGCAGAUCAAUUUACAUACCUUCUACACGAAGAUGUACCAGUGCUUGCUGCUCGCGACCGCGGGAGUGUUGAUCUCGACCUUUGCCACCGCCUAUUUUGCAGCUUUAUUACCCUACGAGUGGAGCUGGUUCUUCCGGUGCAUGUUCGGCUCGAUCGCCGCAGCGACGGACCCCGUAGCAGUCGUAGCUUUGCUGAAUGCGUUGGGCGCGUCCCCCGGCCUCACGAUGACCAUCACCGGAGAGUCGCUUUUUAAUGAUGGCACGGCCAUGGUCUUGUUUUUACUGUUCGAUUCUCUAGCCCAAAAACACAAGAAGUACAUCUCUGGGGCGGGAAACCCGCCCUACGAGGUUAUCGAGUUCUUUGCAAGGAUGGUCCUUGGAGGUUGUUUUAUUGGAUUGGCCUUUGGCGGCGCGGCGUUGCUGUGUCUACGGUUGUGCCAGCGCAAGUUCGACGAGGUCUCGACGACAUUGCAAAUAACAACAACAAUCAUAGUAGCGUAUGCCUCGUUCUACUUCUCGGAAAUCGCCUGCGGGUGUUCGGGAGUGUUAGCUACCGUGAUGGCCGCCCUCUGUGUGGCGAGGUACGGCUGGGUCUACGUCGACGAGGCGCACACGGUGCACGCGGUCUGGGAGUUUCUCGAGUACGUGGGAAAUACCGUGGUAUUCAUGCUCGCCGGCUCCCUGACGGGCAAGAUCGUCUGCGAGAACUGGAAGGACUCUGGGGGUAAGGGUGAUUGGCUGGACGUGGCCGACUUCGGCUGGUUACUAUUUACGUGGUUCGCUUUGGUGAUCAUAAGAUGUUUGACCAUUGCCAUGCUCUGGCCGCUCUUGAAAUGGUUGGAACAGCGGUAUAGUCAUGCGCACCAACUCGAGUGGAAGGACGGCGUCGUGAUGGCCUGGGGCGGGCUUCGGGGCGCUGUUGGACUAGCUCUCGCAUUGGUCGUGCAGGAAGAACGGGCCCAUUCGGAUGAAGCGAAGAGUGCGGAACAGUUACUCUUUUUAGUGAGUGGAAUUGCUAUGUUAACACUAUUAAUAAAUGGGUGGUCCUGCAAGACGUUACUGGACUACCUGGGCAUGACCGUUGAGAGUAGUGACACGAGGCACGUGAGAGCCUACGCGAAGAGUGCAGCGGCCCAUGCCGCGGCCAUCGCGUUGCACGACAUCGUGGCGAAAUAUGGACUGGACGUCCACGGCGCCGCGCAAGUCGAGAAGAGUCAACUGCAAAGGCAAGCGACGCAGCGCUGGAACCGCGUCCGGGCGGCCACACGACUAGGCGUCGUGCAGGAAGCCUUGGCCUACGACACGGGUGUUUAUGGAGGCAACGUUGGCGAGGACGACUUGGACGCCGCUGAUAGGGAAGCUCGCACGGAAAACAACGAACAGGUCCUCCAGAGGAUGCGGGGCAUGUUUUUGAGAGCUCUCAAGGCCGAGUUCUGGGAGAUGAUCGAGAAGGGCUUGGUGCCGCGCGGUUCCUUCGCCGCGCAAAUAUUGCCGUUUUCGUGUGACGUCGAGCUGCAAAAUGUGCACACGAAAUUGCAUCAUUUUGAAGUGGUCCUGAGGAAGAGUACGGAGUCGAUCCCGAUUUAUUCGCAAAUCGAGAAAUGUGUGGAGUUGUUCGUGUCCUGGCUCGAAGGGCUGGAGAAGCGAGGCUGUUUAGGUGAUAGGAUCAUAUCUUCGCUGUCUCAUUGGUCGACCGCAACUGAGCGUUAUUAUUUAAUAACGGCCUUCCAUGCGGCCUAUAUGAGGACCUCAAAGCAUCUGGACGAGGUGUUUGCGUUCUUUGUACAGAGUUCGGCCUUUGCCGUUGAUGCCCGCGAGCAAUUCAAGGAGGAGAUCGAUUCGCAAAUAAAACAAUGUGAAGAUGAGGCGGCGAAGUUGCCGGCGCAUGCGCGGGCUCGAGUCGACGCUCUACUCGCGGCGGAGGUCUUGGUGGGCGUCAAGCACCACAUCUUCGAGGGCUUCCACCGCAAAGGGAUCAUCACGUCCAAAGACCGGGAUGAGCUCGGCGAGGGCCUCAUGCAGCUCGAGCACCACCUCGAGAACUGUCGGGAAUUUGCCCAGGCGGAGUUUCGACGAGCGGCGCGCGCGAGCCAGCGGCAUUUAUCCUUAAGACGGGGCGCUUCACGCGUGGCCGACAUCGAGGCCUCGUCCAUAAAACAGGAGCUCACGGUCAUCGACCAACUGCAGGAUUCGAUUAUGGACCGGCGCGCGGGCGUGACGGCCGCGGCGGCGACGGCCGCUUCGCCUCAGGCCGGGCGGGCGCUGGCCCACAUGGAGCGGGCCCAGGACCUGUCGGGGCGGCACCUGACGCACUGA